AAGUUUGUCCGCACUGUGAUGUUCACGGUGGAGGAGAUCAACAGGAACUCGCAGCUCCUGCCGGGAGUCAGUCUGGGCUAUCGGAUCUACAGCGGCUGCGGGAGCGAGAACUUGAUCCGAGCGGCCAUAGAAGCCAUCAGCCAGGAUGAGUCCGAUUGCAGGGGGCGAAUCCAAGCUCUCCUCGGUCACUCGUCGUCCGGAGUGAGCGAGGAUAUCAACCUCCUUCUGAGCCCCUUGUCCAUUCCGCAGGUCAGCCAUCUUUCAACGUGUGCUUGUUUAUCGGAUAAGACCCUGUACCCCACCUUCUUCAGAACGGUGCCGAGCGACCGCUUUCAGGUGCUGGGGCUGGUGCAGCUCAUGAAGUCCUUCGAUUGGCGCUGGGUGGGGAUCAUUUAUAGUGCAACCUUGUAUGCUGAUGAAGGCACGACUGAAUUUAUGGUUGAAGCAAAGAAGGAAAAUAUUUGUGUUGAAUAUCGGCUCGUUUACAAAAAGACCUCCAGAGAAACACAUGAGGCCAUUGUGAAGAUGCUGAGGGAAUCGUCAUCAAAAGUGGUUCUGCUGUUCAUGUCCUUAUCCUACACCAAGUCCUUCUUAUCUAAAAUGGCCGCUUACAAUAUCAGCGGAAAGCACUGGGUCGGCAGCGAGGCCUGGAUCACGCAACAGGACCUGGCUUCGGUGGAGAGCAGGAAUAUUCUCCAAGGGGCCAUGGGUUUUGCGCUUCCAGGGGCUUCCAUUCCCGGGCUGGACGACUUCCUGCUCGACUUGAAGCCCCAGAGCGACAUCAUAAAAGCUUUCUGGGAGAAGUUCUUUGACUGCAGCUUUUCUCCCUCCAACACGUCAACCCUGUGCACCGGCAGGGAGGACCUGAAGGCGGUCUCUAGUGACUACACGGACGUGAGCCACUUCAGGGCCACGAGUAACGUGUACAAAGCCGUGUACUCGGUCGCGUAUGCACUUGACGCUUUGUUGCAAUGUGAAAAUGGAGCCAAUCCAACCACAGGAAGUCCCUGCGUGAACAAGAGCGAGGUAUGGGAGCACCUUAGGUACGUGAAUUUCACAACUCAGUACGGGGCCAAGGUAUUCUUCGACGAUAACGGCGACUCCAUGGUCCAGUACGACUUAGUCAACUGGCACAUAAGCGACAACGACACGGUUGAGAUUGUGAACAUCGGCCGGUAUGACACGUCUUUUCCUGAGGGUCGGAAGUUUAAACUGAAGGAAGAUGCCAAAAUAGUCUGGGGAGGAAACAGCCCCAAGGUUCCCCGGUCCGUGUGCAGGGAACCGUGUCCUCCUGGGACCCGCAAGGCCAUCAACAAGAACAAGCCCAUAUGCUGCUUUGACUGCUUCGAAUGCCCUGAGGGGACAAUAAGUAAUCAGACAGAUUCUCCCGACUGUUUGACAUGUCCAGCGGAAUUCUGGCCCAAUGCCGAGAAAGACCGUUGCCUUCCAAAACCCACCGAGUAUCUUUCUUAUGAAGAGAUCAUGGGUGCGCUUUUAACCGGGUUAAGCUGCGUGGGUGUGUUUUUAGCUUUUCUGACGUUCCUCAUAUUUCUAAAGCAUAAAGACACUCCCAUCAUCAAGGCCAACAACUCUGAGUUGAGCUUCCUGCUACUCAUCUCCUUGAAACUGUGCUUCCUCUGCUCUCUGACCUUCAUCGGUCGGCCCACCGAGUGGUCCUGCAUGUUGCGCCACACGGCCUUCGGUAUCACUUUUGUACUCUGUAUUUCUUGCGUUCUGGGCAAAACCGUGGUGGUGCUGAUGGUUUUCCGAGCUACGUUGCCAGGUAAGAAUGUGAAAAUGUUUGGGCCGUUACAGCAGAGGCUUGGUGUUCUGGUUCUCACUCUGGUUCAGGUUCUGUUCUGUAUCAUUUGGCUUUGUACAAAUCCACCAUUCCCUGCUAUGAAUCUGAAAUACUACAAGGAGAAGAUCAUCCUUGAAUGUGCGCUGGGUUCCGCAAUCGGGUUUUGGGGCGUGUUGGGUUACAUCGGAUUUCUGGCCCUCUUGUGUUUCCUACUCGCUUUUCUGGCCCGGAAGCUUCCGGACAGUUUUAAUGAAGCCAAGCUAAUCACGUUCAGCAUGCUGAUAUUCUGCGCAGUGUGGAUCGCCUUCAUCCCCGCCUAUGUCAGUUCCCCUGGCAAGUUCACAGUUGCCGUGGAGAUUUUUGCCAUCCUGGCCUCUAGUUUUGGAUUGCUGGCUUGCAUAUUUGUUCCAAAAUGCUACAUUAUUAUCUUCAGGCCAGAGCAAAACUCCAAAAAACAUCUCAUGGGAAGAAUACCACCAAAAACCCUUUGAAAAUGUCGCUUCAUAUAUAUUUAAAUCAGGCGAACUCC